CGUUAGUGAGCGGCAUUCAAAUCGUAUACAAAUCAUAUUACCUUGUGUUCUGUGAAACAUAAACAUUCACCCACAGCUGUUCCCACGAAAAAUCUGUGUAGAGAUUAGGCCGAUCCAGACGUUAAUGAGAAAUGGAAAAGCGAAGUGGAACGCCGAUAAAUAGUCAAAAGUUUCGAAAACUCAGCGAUGUGGACAUGACGGAGGUGCAGCUGAACAAUUUGGAGGACCCCAGCGCCAAGGAGGCGGUGGAAAUAGGUAGCUUCCAGGGCAAUGACCAGAGCAAUCCGGUGCAGCAGACGAAAUGGUUCAGAUCCAGGCUCUUCCUCAUAUCCGUGGUUUUCUCGGCCCUCCUGAUAACCGCCAUGUGCAUUGGCUUCGUGGUGCACUACGGCAUGUCCGGCGAUGUGGGCGACAUGGAGACGGUGAGCUACUGGCCCGUAGAUCUGCCCAAGGAGCAGCAGGAGUGGUACGAUCAGGGAAUCGAUGAGCUCCAGAAGGCCGUUUCCAGGCAGUUCAAUCGCCGGCGAGCCAAGAACGUGAUCCUGUUCGUGGGCGAUGGAAUGGGUCCGAACACGGUGACAGCCGCACGGAUACUCGGAGUCAAGGAGGAGGGACUCCUGCGUUGGGAGCAGUUUCCGGACAUGGGACUGCUGAAGACCUACUGUGCCAACAAGCAAGUACCGGACUCGUUCUCCACGGCCACGGCUCUCUUUGGCGGAGUGAAGGUGAACUACGAAACGGGAGGAGUCGAUGCGAAUGUACCGCUGGGAAACUGCACCGCAUCCCUGAAGGAGGACCACCACGUUCAGACGAUCCUCAAGUGGGCCCAGGUGGACGGAAUGCGAACAGGUUUCGUGACCACGACCCGGGUAACGCAUGCCACUCCGGCUGCCCUCUACGCCCACGUGCCGGACCGCCGAUGGGAGUGUGAGAGCGGAAUGCCAGCCGAGGCUCAGGGUCAGGGAUGUAUGGACAUAGCUCGCCAGCUGAUCGAACAGCCGACGGGUCAGAGCAUAAACGUAAUCAUGGGCGGUGGUCGUCAGAUGCUGGUCUCAGAUGUAACCGGUUCAGAAGACGAUCCCCUGGACACUUGGGCCGGCCAGUCGAAGGAUGGACGAGAUCUCAUCCGGGAUUGGAGGCUAAAGAAAGAGGAUGAGGGCGUGUCACAUGCUGUUGUGCAAAACAACCGUGAACUGUGGAAUCUCAAUGGCCAGGAUGUUGACUAUGUACUUGGUAUUUUCGCCAAUGGACACUUAAUGUACGACCACGAACGAGACCGCAGUGACGCCGGCAUGCCCUCGCUGUCCAAUAUGACCCUCAAGGCGCUGGAGGUCCUGGGAAACAGUGAUGAGGGGUUUCUGCUCGUGGUGGAAGCCGGUCUAAUCGACCAAGCCCACCACAGGGGAAACGCUCGAAAGGCGCUGAGUGAGGUACUCGAACUAAACGCAGCCGUUGAGUCCACAAUUUCCUUCCUCAAGUCAACGGAUCGCCUGGACGAAACCCUGGUCAUUGUGACCGCCGAUCACUCACACAGUCUGACCAUCAAUGGUCAUCCCGAUCGCGGAUCCAGUAUACUCGGCUUGGCGGGAAACUCGAAGACAGAAGGGACACCGUACACCACACUGACCUAUGGCACCAGCUAUCAGGGAUUCCAGGUGGAUCCCCAAACGCAGAACCGCAGGGAUCCAACUGCUGACGAUACUACCGCCUGGGAGUACACUCAGCAGGCAGCAAUCAACACGGACGAGAAUCUGCACGGUGGCUCGGAUGUAACGAUUCACGCGGAUGGCGCCAUGUCAUACUUGUUCCACGGCGUGCACGAGCAGAGCUAUGUGGCGCACGCCAUUUCGUACGCCCUGAGGAUCGGACGAUUCCGGGAUAGCUCCAUUGCAGAAACUCUGGCCGAGCUGACGCCCAUUUAGAGAAGCGUAGGCUACAAAAUACUUUGAUAUAUGUAGUUAUAAGGAAAUUGUCCUUGCCAAUGAGAUCGUUGAAUAAACUUUAAUUUGAAGAGAAAACAUUUCUCAUUUA